UACCUAAUAUAUACACGCGCCGCCUCGCAGUUGGCCGCUUAUAUGCACGAAAAGCGAAUAGCGACUAGAUAAAGAGAGGAAGAGAGAGAGACAGGGCUAUAUACCACACGGCACUUUGUUAUUGCGGUGUCUGGCCGUCCAUAUCCAUUCGGUAAUCAGUGGCCGUAUGGCGGUGUGGUAGUGCCCCCCCGAAACAGUGGCAAAAAGAUAAGCAAAGAGACUCGAGCGAGAACCCAACGAACCAAACCCCCGAGAAAUAAAUUCUCCGUGCGUGUAUACACCGCUAUAUACUGCGUUUCGUCGUGCUGUAUAGCUGUCACGAAAAGAAACUUUCGGCAGCAGCACCGUAUAUGCAUACUACGCACGAGGCGCUUAUACACUGUGUGUUCUGUACGCGAGUUCAGAGGAUGCCCGACGAGCGGAUGGUAAACAACGACGGCCGAAAAAGUCGUCCCGAUAAUACAAGCGAUUCCCGAACGACAGCGAGUGCCACUUCUCGGUAGAAUAUCGGCUCACCGCAACAGGCAUCGAUAGGCGAAUAUAUACGGUCUUCAAGCUCGGGCUAUGUUUAUCCUCGGCGCUUAGACGGUGUUACAGCAGUGCGUCGAGCUCUUCUUCGAGGAAAAAGUAGCCGCUGAUAUAAUCGUUACAACGGUCGCUAAUAAGAAUUUGCGAUGUUGGCUCUGACCGAGUCCGAGGGCAGGAGGCACGCAGCUGGCGAACGCAAGCGACCCAAAGCCAAGAAGAGGAGCAAGCACGACAAAACUCAGAAGAGAGCUCUUCUGGCCAUCCAAAAGGAUAUUGAGGAGAAGGAUAACAACACGGAGGAGUUGCAGAUCCAUGAACUGAUGCCAGUGCCCUACAAGCCAGAGGAUCAUGAGAAUCAGCUCAACGCUACGGAGGUCACCUUCGAGCAAGCCACUGUCACAGAGCAGGACUGUCAACAGGUCGCAUCCAUCUCCUGCAUGGAUUCAGUUCCCAACAGCAACAAGUUUGUGAUCAUCACUCUUCUGGAGCCCGAGACACAGGGGAUCACGGGGGAAGAGCUGCUCAAUGCUCAAGAAAUAACAGACGGAGGCGACAAAACAAAGCACACAAAAUUACAAAAGAAAGUUAUACUUCUGCACAAAAUUGAUCCUCAACCUACGGCUACCAUUCAAGCCAGCACAGAGCAGACCGCUCAAAUAGUUACUACUAAGCAAGAGGACAAGGAGUUUGUCGAUGGACAGCUGAUGACCAUAAACUUCAGUGAUUUUGCCUCUGAGGCAACCGAUGGAAAGCAGCAGAGGGACAUAGGUAAUUGGAUCAAAAAGUUUCCUUCGCUGGCUUUGUUGUACACUGAAUCUGGUAAACCGUACGUCAAGUGUCCAGCUUGCACAGCCAUGUUCUUCAAAGCGUCUUCGUUUGAGAAGCACGUAUCUUGCCAUCUGAGAAAGCAGGACGAACGUUAUGUCUGUAACUUUUGUAAAUAUGACAAUGAAGAUGCUAAUACAAUAUUUUCUCACCUGUGCUUACACCAGGACCAGUGCGAAGUAUGUAAUAUGAAUUUGACUAGGAAGAAUAGCUUCAAGAAGCAUUGGGAGUACUCGGAAUCGCAGAUGACUUUCACGGUCAAGCGAGACCGAUGGAGCAGAUUUGUCUGUAUCUACUGCAAGCUUGGAUUCGACCUGCUACAUCAGCUCCAAAAGCAUUGGUUCAAACAUUCCUGCAAUUCCAAAAAAACUUCGCAGUGCAAUCAAUGCGCCGGUAUUUUUGACACCGACGAAGCUCUGCAGAAUCACGUUUGUUUGAAAUGUCCCGUGUGCGGUAAAAUCUGCGACAGCGUACAUAGGUUGAGGUCGCACACGAGAUAUGAAAAGCACUACUUGUACUGUACAAUAUGCACAUAUGACUUCAUUCUGGCUGUUGAUCAUGAAAAACACAUGGCACUACACAAAAAAAUGUAUCAUUCACACAAAGAUUAUGCCCACUGCAUGGAAUCCGAGGAUGGAACAUCAUUCCAGUGUGAAAUUUGUGGAAAGAUAUAUCACACGAUGUCUUGUCUCGUACUGCAUAUUCACGACGACCACAAAAUUCCAGAAGCAAGCCGAGCUCUUGGUGGAGACGACGAUAUCGCGAGAAUCAGCCUACCCGAAGUCAAGGACGGAGCUACUUCGUACGAUAUCAUCAAUUCCUUGAAAAACGAAUUGAAAUGCGAAGUAGAAUUCGCGACUGCGUGCGAAGAAGUUCUAGAAGUUCAAACAGAGAGGACAACUGAUCAAGCCGAUGGCACAGAGGUAACUGAAGUCAAUGAACAGUGUGAACCUGUUGCAUUAUGCUGGAAUAGAUAUUCGAUAGAUGAUCAAGCUACUCUUAGAAAAGCUACUUAGAAUUUUGACAUUUUGUUAACUUUUUAGUUACUUUAUUCUUCCAUUCUAUGAUUUGUUACACAUUUGUGCAGCUAAACCGAAGCAAAGAAACGAGUAAAUUCUUUGCUAUCUGCAAUAAUGGGACACGUGCAUUUUUAAGACUGUGAAAAUAAGAGCUUUUGAAAAAUAACGUGAAUGAUAAGCGUUGUAAAAACGUGUAUAUAGCGUUUUUGAGACGCGGAAGUUCCUAUAUGUUUAUAUAUAAAAAAAGAUAGUUAAAAAGUAAGUUAACGAAAAAAGUAUAGGAAUUAGGUAAAAUGAUUUGAUUCCUACAAAGGAUUAUCUGAUUAGUACUUUUUGUUUCAAAAAACAUCAGGGUCAAAGGAUAUUCACGUAUGUAGUAUAUAAAGAGUCAAAGAAUAUGGUACUGGCUAUUAGUACAAAAUAAUGGUACUUGUCAUGCAAAAUAAUUGAAGCAAAUGUAAAUAUUCGACGACGUUGACAUUCAAGUUCAAGGAACUUGCAAAACUUGUUCGUACUAUAUAUUACAAAUAAAAAUACAUAUAUUAUAUAUAAAUUUGUUUACCUUAGGUUUUUUCAAAUUAUUGGGGAAUGUGAAAUACUUAGUUAACAAUAAUACAAAUGCUUUUUCUGUAAUGCACACCCUAAUCAUUGGCACAUCAGUUGCCUGGAAAAAAAUAUGUCUUUUGUAGUUGAAUUUGCACUAGAAUUACAUAAUGCAAUUAUGUCUACAUAGUCUGCAACUAUUGUUUUUCCGAUUAAAGAUAAGACAAAAAAUAUAAA